AUGCAGUGGCAAUCACAGUUACCUGACUUGGAUCCCAAAGAAAAUCUCUGGUGGAAUUUGAAGAAGGCUGUUGGAGCACGGAAACCCAAGUAUAUAACUGAACUGGAGGUCAUUGUUGAUGAGCAAUGGGCUAAGAUUCCUCAGGAAUGCUUGCAAAAGCUGGUGUCUAUGACAAUGACUUGGGUAGUUGUAAAGACCCUCCUCAUCUUGUCAAGUCUGGUCUCCAUCACCUAUUCCCAAAACUGCAGAUGGCUUCGUCCUCAACAGGAGAAUUUGAACAAGGAGAUCCUUCAAAGCUUCAACCAGAUGAGUCCUCUUGAGACAUUUUCUGGAACUUGCCCACAAAAUCCCACAGUGGUUGUGAAUAUCGAUGAUCUCUACAACAUCUCACAGGUUGAAGAAGCUGCUAUCGCUGCUCGUGACAUUACAAACCAAACAAUCAGGUUCUAUGAAAGAAACCAUCAGAAACUCCGGUGCGAUGAGAAGGCCUGGGAAAGAGUAGAGAUGCUUCUCGAUUACCAGCUAAGUCUGCUGGAUGACUGUAUCCCAGAAGGUGCAGAGAAUCCACAGUUUCAACAAAACAUAUCCGAAUAUUUCAUUUUAUUACAGAAGAUUGUGAAUGAAGAGAUGGAUACAUGUGCUCGUACCGUUGUUCAAAUUAACAUCAAGAGGAAUUUACAACUGGCUGCCCUACUAUCCUCUCGAAUGAGAAGAAAGCAUCUCCUGAAAAACAUCUCUGUGCUCUAA